AUGUCUUCAUCACAAUUCUUCAAAGAGCUUACACUACAUUUACAUGAGCACGAUGACGCAAAAGAUACUAUACUGAAAUUAGCCGGUAGCGAAUUUAUUAAACUCGGUGAUCCGUUAUCUAUAGAAUUCGCAAAAAACCUCGAUAAUUCGGAUGAAUUGAAAGAAUUACGCGAAGAAUUUGUUAUUCCGAAAAUAUGUGAUGUCGUGUCGAAGGAUUGCGGUAAUAACGAUAACAUUAAUCCUGAUGAAGAAUGUAUAUAUUUUUGUGGCAAUUCACUUGGAUUAUCACCGAGACGAAGUAGACAAUUGGUUGAUGAAGAGUUUGAAGUUUGGUCUAAAACUGGAGUCUUUGGUCAUUUUCAACACAAAUAUAAUCGUCCAUGGGUAACUAUCGAUGAGACGGUAACUUCGCUAACCGCAAAUCUUAUAGGAGCAAAACCAAUUGAAGUAGCAAUAAUGAACACGCUUACCACAAAUCUUCAUCUUCUCAUGGUUUCUUUUUAUACUCCUAUCUCGGGACGAUACAAGAUAUUAAUCGAGGAUAAAGUUUUUCCGUCAGAUCAAUACGCCGUCGAAUCCCAAUUAAAAUUCCACGGUUAUGAUCCUGCCGAAGCAUUAAUCACCGUCAAACCACGUCCAGGCGAAUAUACAAUCGAGGACGCAGACAUUAUAGAACAAAUAGAAAAAGAAGGAGAAAAGAUUGCAGUUGUGUUAUUGAGUGCCGUUCAUUAUUACAAUGGACAGUACUUUGAUAUAGAAAAGAUUAGUAAAGCAGCACACGAAAAGGGUUGUAUUGUGGGGUUUGAUCUUGCACAUGCCAUUGGAAAUGUUGUUUUGAAUUUACAUGAUUGGAGUGUAGAUUUUGCUCUUUGGUGUUCUUACAAGUAUCUUAAUUCUGGUCCUGGUGGAAUUGCAGGAAUUUUUGUUCAUGAGAAGCAUGCAAAUAAUACUCACCCAAGAUUUACUGGGUGGUGGGGACACGAUAAAGAAACCCGUUUCGAUAUGAACAAAGAAUUCAAACCAAUUGAAGGAGCAGCAGGCUACCAACUAUCCAACCCUUCCGUCUUAAAUACGGUAUCACUGCUGGGCAGUCUCCAAGUAUUCGCAAAAACCAGCAUGCUUACACUCCGAACGAAAUCUUUUCUUCUCACUGGAUAUCUGGAAUUCCUAAUCACCGCAAAAUUAAACCCGCACCAAUAUGACUACAAAAUCAUAACUCCACGUGACCCACGCAGACGCGGUGCACAACUCUCAAUUCUUUUGAUUCACGAAGAACAAUUCGAGCGAGUGUUUAACGGGUUGAUGGCGCGUGGUGUUGUUGUUGAUGAACGGAAACCUAAUUGUAUUAGAAUUGCGCCUGUGCCGUUGUAUAACACUUUUUGUGAAGUUUGGAAAUUUUUGGAAAUUUUGAAAGAUGUUUUUGAUAGUUCGGCUGGAGAUGUUGGCAACACCAACAAUCUCGUUAGUAAUUAUUGGAAGAGUUACAACGGUGUGAGAAGAAUAAUGGAUAGAAAGGGCAAGUAUCCUGGUGGUAUUUGUGGGUGGGAACACCUAGGAAAUCCAGAAACUGGUGCAGGUAAAGACGGAAUUACAUUUUUUCCUAGUCAUCAAUCAUCUGUACUUGAUUUCUCGUUUUUGGAUCAAGUAACAUCUAGGAAAACCGGAAUUCCGCCACUACGUAGUUGUAAAAUUUUCUUCAGUUUUCAUAUUAAUGCCAAAUUUAAAAAUAAUCCGGAUUUAACUGGUCCAAGAACUGCCAAUGCUGGUGACGGAACUAGAGCUCCGAAAGAGCCGAGUCAAGCCAAGUUUGAAAUUGGCUCUAAUUUGACUCUAGACUGCAUUGUUAUUCGUAUUGCGAUUAUAUUAUAG